AUGCCACUCUACGAGCUGUUUGCCCUGGCCAAGCCGCAGCUUGGCAAGAAAGCCAUCGCCUCCAUCAUGAAAGCAGUGGCCAGCAAAGUCAUGGAGCAGGGAGGCGUUGUGACCGACAUCCGCUCCUACGGCGAGCGCAAGCUGGCCUACGACAUCAGGCAGCCGGGAGUGCGGCACAAGGAGGCCGCCAUGUGGCAAAUCAACUUCGCCGCCAACCCGGCGACGCUGCCAGAGCUGGACCACACGCUGCGGGUGGACGAGCGGAUGCUGCGGUGGCUGGUGCUCAAGCGGCAGCCUUACCGGCGGCUGCCGACGCCCUACAGAGUGGCGCGCAUAGCAGAGGAUGUGGCAGUGCCCCUGGCGAAGCAGCAGGGGCCAAGAAGCAAUAGCCGUAGUGACGACGACGCAAUUUUUCAAACUCAACAGGACUGA